AUGACAAAAGAGCAAAUUCGGCAAGCUAUUAUAAAAAAACAAGAAUGUAGUGCCAAAGCUCAAAAAAUUGUCGAAAGCUUACUGGAAAACGGUAUCACGGAAACGUAUUUUCUGCAGUGCUUACCAGAGAUAAAUCAAUGUCACUUCGAGGAUGUCAUAGAAGAGCGGUGCAUAAUACACCUAUGUGGCUACCCAUUAUGCCAAAAGACAUUACUGGAAAAAGAUAUUCCAAAACAGAAGUAUCGCAUAUCGAUAAAAACUAACAAAGUAUACGAUAUAACGACCCGAAAAAGUUUUUGUAGCAAUAGUUGUUACAAAUCUGCAAUGCAUGUUAAAAAGCAAAUGUUGACAAGCCCCUUAUGGUUUAGAGAAUAUGAGGAAAUUCCCCAAUUUUAUUUAUUGCCACAGGAUACGGUUGGUAUUCUAGGACAAGAGGUAGACCUAGCUUUGAUUGAACCAGCGAAAAUAAAGCCUGAAAUACCCACAUUUACAUCAAUUAAUGAUUUUACGAGUGCAAGUCUGCACAAUAUAGGGCAUACCAGUAAUGAUAAAGACUCAACUUCUCCUAAUCAUACACUGCAUACAAAUAACCAGGACCCUAAAUCUAAGUGUGAACAAAUGGACAUACAAUCAGAACUUAAUGAAAGUAUUGAUAAAAUUAAAGAAGAAAAUAUAAAAUCAGAUACAAGUACCUGUAAUGAUAAUUUUAAUGAAAUGAUUGGUAAAGAAAUCAGCCAAGUGAAAGAUAAGGUAGACAUCAAAUCAAAACAGCAUAAAAUAACACCAAAUUCUUUAAAUAUAGUAGGUGAAAUAAUAGAAAGACCGGAAAGAAGAAUAGACCCUAUCCUCAUAGACAAUCUUAAAAAAUUGGAAAUAACAAAAGAGGCUGGAUCUGUUAAGAAACCUUUGCAGAGGAAGCAACCAUCAGUCAUUGCAAUAGCAAUUGAAGUGGAGAAAUGUUUAGCAGAAUGGUUUACAGUUGACACUAUGAUUUUUAUAUUUGGUGAAGAAAGAGUUAAAGAAAUGGUUGCAAAUAAGGGAGAACACAUAAAAGAGUACAUAAACAAUUAUGCACAGAGCAUAUUUUACAAUUCAAAUACAUAUGAUCAAUACCAAGCUUUAUGCCGUAAACUACAUAUGUUAGAGUUGGAAGAUAGAAAGUUUGAUGCUCAAACCAUGCAACGGGAGAUGAAGCCAUUGCCCAACUAUUCUGUAUUACAAGAGGAAAGUAAGAAAAUGAAGUUGAAAGUGAAAGCUUUUCUCUCUGGUGAGACAGAAAUCCCUGUUACAGAUGAAAGUGAGAGCAUGAAGCCAGAACCCCCAGAAAAAGAAGGUAGCACAACUCAGCUGCCUCUAGUGCAUAAAAAUGCACAAAAUGCAUUACGUAGACGGAUUGUUUGUGAGCAUUUAAAUAAAGUUCUUCCCGAAUUACUAAGAUCGCUAAACUUAUCCACAUUAACAAUCAGCUCAGAUGUAAGGUUACUUGUAAAUACAUUUAAACUAAAAGCAAAUAACAUUAUGUUUAAGCCUAUUCAGUGGACUUUGAUUGCAAUAGUGUUUAUAAAACUGUUAUCCCUUAGAGAUCAGAGACUUCACUAUUUGCUGGGGCAACCCACGGCUUUUCAACAUUUACAGCUUCUACUUUUAAGUUACAAGCAAGAUGGGGGCUACUUAGACAGAUUAAUAUCAUGGCUUACAGAUAUUGAUAGACUUUUAAAUGUAAAUGAAACUCAACUAACUACAGAAUCCUAG